AUGAUGGGUGGGAUCCUUGCUAGGCAGGCGAAUGAACAGGAGGACGAAUUGCCGGAUGAUGAUUUGCCAUCUGCGGUGGGCUACGGGCCGUACUGGGACGCCUUGGUGGAAGCGACCGUGGAGUUUGAUCCCGAGAACUUUGAGCGGACAGAUCCACGGCGGCAUGCAGCAGCCGUUCUUGACACACCGGAACUGCUGAUGAUGUAUGCUCAGAGCAUGGGAGAUUCGAUUCCCGCUACGCGUCUCAAGUUCAUGCGCAUGAUGUGCGGCUACGAUGAAGAGGCAGGAGAGCAUUUGACGGGCGGCAGAAGCAAUGAGCCAGUGCACAAGAGGAUCUGCGUGAGAAAGAGCAAGAGCAAGGACCAAGAUGCGAACGGCAAAUUCGCUCACAGACGGAGACGGCAGAACUACACAUGA